UCAAACGUUGCGUGUUUGGCUCAUCCUUGACCGGAGCAGAUUGGCUUUUUUGCUGCAUAUUGCAGACAGACACCGGGCUAAUGAAAUAAUUAUCUUACCGGCCAAUGUGAACUUGAUGAUGUGAGGACUCCUUCAUGUCAUCCUUCAGUGGACUCGGCAUGGCGCAGGAGGAGGACAAGCACAGCCUGGAGUCGAAAUUUGCUGCGGCAGUUAAAGUGAUCCGGAGUUUGCCCGAAGAAGGUACUUUUCAGCCAUCUGAUGACAUGAUGCUGAUGUUCUACAGUUACUAUAAGCAGGCCACUAUGGGGCCGUGCAACAUUUCCAGACCAACCGGCUUCUGGGACACCCACGGAAAAGCUAAAUGGGAUGCAUGGAGCUCUUUAGGAAAUAUGACAAAGGAGGAAGCCAUGAAGAGUUAUAUUGAGAACAUCCAGCUGAUUCUGGAGACUGUGCCAAUUUCAGAAGAUGUGUCUGACCUGGUACAGAUGCUGGGAAAUUUCUACACAGAGGUAGAGGGAGAGGAGGCUGAAGAAAACGAGGUGGACAGGAGACCCUUCACCAGGCCCUUUGCACAACAUGCGGAUGAGCUGGUUAAACCUUUUAAGAAGCCAACAAUGGAAGGGUAUGGGGAUCUGUGGGAUGAUAUUCAGAACCUCCACGAAAACGAAAAAGACAGCAGUGCUUGUGGCUUGAGUGUCAGUAGCGAGGAGAAUAGUGGCGUGGAGAGAAAUGAGGGAAGUAGUCAAUGGAGGAGAAGUGAGGAAGAGGAAAAUGGGGAUGAAGGACACAAUGCGGACGAUGAAGACAAGGAGGAGGAAAGAGACUGGAGUCCUGACCCACGGCUGUUAAUGGUGGAGGACAAGAGGUGGAGGUCUGACACUAAAGGCUCCUGCAGCAGUGUGGAGCCCAGCGUGUCCUCCUUCACCAACGGGACACACAGCUCCCUCAACAGCGAUGUGGAGGAGGAAGAGCUGGCAUGUACCAUAGAGCCCAGUGUACAGUAUAACCCAUACAUGCAUGUUAAUGGACAUCUGAGUGAUCAUAACGAUGCUAUUCCUGAGAAGAACCACCGAUCCACUGACUCAGAUAAUGAAGAGUUCUGUGACUCAAUGGAGCACCUAGCCACGGAUGAGCGGCUGUCCACGUCCAAAGGCCUCUCACAGGGAUCAGGAGCUGGCUCGAUGAAGCAAAGGGAUGUCUGGUUUGAGAGCAACACCACCCUGAUAGAUGGAGAAGAUCAUGUCCUCACAGGAGAUGUUAAAGAAGGGAUUAGUCCAAGAAAACACAACAGCUCCUUGUCAAGAACAGGGAGAGGUUCUCAGACACCGAGGGCUACCUGCAGCGCUGAGCCAUUUGUGAGCGUAAAUGCCACCUGCUGUUGUGUGUCACCGAGCAGACUGCAUCCUGGGACUGUUACCAGGGGAAGCAUCAAUGAGCAAAUAGCCACUGCUCUGCUGAGACUGCAGCGCGACAUGGCCAAUGUGCUGUACAGGCUGCAUGCUCUGGAGGAGCUGACCAAGUCACAGUCAAGAUCCUCUUUGCCAAGGCGGGGAGACUCUGUAACUGUACCAAGACAGUUCCUGAGACCAUCAUGGUGGCCUUGUGACUUCUCCCCACUCACAGUCGUGUUCACCGCACUCUGGCCUCUUAUCACCCACUGGCUUGUCCACCUUUACUUACAACGAAAGAGAAGCAAAAUACUGUGAAUUGUCUGGCAACUAUCAACAUCGAUCAAAGAAGAUGAACUGUGGAUGAAAACGAUGCACUUUUUUGGGGUUUUGUGGCUUUCUUGAGCUAAAAUCAGAUGCAGAGUUCAGUGAGGCAUUGGUAGAAAUUUAAAAGGCUGUUUUAGAUGAAUGAAUGGUUGGAAACUUGGCAAUGUAGUGUAGCUUUUUAACUUGAAGCAGAUUUUUGAGGUAUUUAAGAAAAGGGUUUGAUUUAUGCAUCACCAGUGCUGGCCCAGCUUCUUUGCUCCAGUUAGUCUGUCAUGAGGUGGUGAUCUUAUAUAUGACGAGGAGAUUUCCAGAACCUUUGCAUAACUUAUGAAGUUAAUUCAUGGGUCAUUGUCAUGCAAUAGCUGUAGACUUCAAGCGAUAAAGAGUUUUAGAGAUUCUCAUUCCCAGUUAUUUAUUGUACAUUUUAUAGUUCAAUUAGUUUUUCCCCUCAAACUAGAGUGUUCCAUUACAUGUACUGUAAUGUAAUUGCAAGGACAUUGGUCUUUUAUAUGUGUUGUGUUGAAUAGAUAAAUAUUUUAGGAGAGUUUCUUUUAAAGUCAAAAACACACUUGAUGUGAGAAACAUUAUUAUUUUUGUGUCAGACUAUUUAUUUUAUAGCUCUACUGCUAUAGUAACCAAAAAAACAAAAAAACAACUGAGAAGAGUGCAGACAAUCCACAUAUCUAUAUAAACAUUCUUGUUUCUUGCCAGUUUUAAGUAGACAAUGAAGAAUAUUGUUUGGUUUACGCAAGGAUAAUGCUUACAGUUGUAAAAUAUGAGCAUAUG